GCAGCGCGCUAACUUAAUUGCAACCACUCGUCUUUCCCUCACCAACUCGGUCAACUCUGUCCCCUCCACCCUGCAAUUCGCCUCCAUCCCCAUUCCUCACCCCCUCCUCCCUAUAUAGCUUCCUUCUUCCCUUCCCUUCCAUUCCCAUUUCUCAAUUCCCCACUUCUCUCGGCGAAUGCAAUCAUGGGGAGAUCUCCCUGCUGCGAGAAGGAGCACACCAACAAAGGAGCUUGGACCAAGGAGGAAGACCACCGCCUCAUCUCCUACAUCAGAUCUCACGGCGAAGGCUGCUGGCGCUCUCUCCCCAAAGCCGCCGGUUUGCUCCGAUGCGGAAAGAGUUGCAGACUCCGGUGGAUCAACUACCUGCGCCCUGACCUCAAGAGGGGAAACUUCACCCCUCAAGAAGAUGAACUCAUCAUCAACCUUCACAGCUUGCUCGGAAACAAGUGGUCUCUGAUUGCGGGCCGAUUACCCGGAAGAACGGAUAACGAGAUAAAGAAUUAUUGGAACACUCACAUCAAAAGAAAGCUUCUCAGUCGCGGAAUCGAUCCUCACACUCAUCGAUCCCUCAAUGUCACGCUUCCCAAUAGCAACAACAACAGCAAGAGCAACACGAAUUCUCAUGGCGAACUCGACAUCAAAAGUACAUCGACAUCGCCUUUCCAUUUCGAUUUCAUGAAUCGCAAAGCGCCAUUUGCCAAAAGUAACCUGAGAACGGACUUCAUCGACAUUAACACUAAAAUGGCCGAAGAAGAAGACUCCAAAAGCAGUAGUAGCAGCAGCAGCAACAGCAACAACGCCAGCGGCACAACAACCGAGGAAGGGUUCCCGGAACAACUCAACCUCGAACUCUCCAUAGCUCUUCCUAAUAGUACCAAUUCUAUUAACAUAAUAUCUUCAAAAUCUCCUUUCCAAGACUCAAAUUCAAGAACAAGAUUGUUAAUCAAACCCCAAGUAGAUGAGCUUAACCUGGCUGCAUCUCCCAAAAUUGUUACUCGACCUGGAGCUGUAAUGGUGUGUGUGUGCUGCCAUGUCGGGUUUCAUGAUCAGAGUAGGAAUCAACCCUGUGAGUACUGCAAAUCCAUGAGUAAUAUGAUUGCUGCUGGUGAUCUCCAUAGAAUUUAUAGACCAAUGGAUUAACUUGUAGGCAAUAUCACAUUCACCCAGCUAAGAUCUUCCCUAGCUCCCUUGUAAUUUUUGUGUAACAUAUCUUCAUUUAAUUUGUUCUUCAAGAUGUUCGAUAAUUCUUGUGCAAUCUUUAUGUAAAAUUAUCUUCAUUUAA